AUGAAGAUCGUCGUAGCUGGAAUCGUGGUGACCGCCUUUCUUUUUUUGGGUACCCACAAAGGAUCGGCGUCCUUGCUGGAAGAUACUUGUGGAACCACAAGGCGUCCUUUGAGAGUUCGGCGGGUAGUUGGAGGCAAUGUAGCUGAAAGAUUCUCGAAUCCAUGGACGGUGAUUGUGCUCACUGCCAACGGUUUCACAUGCGGCGGUUCGCUUAUCACCUCUCGCUUCGUUCUGACAGCAGCGCAGUGCAUUUCUCGAUUGCCAGCCACUAAGGUGCGUCUUGGCGGAUUCGACAUGGAUAUCAGCGAAAACACUUAUGAGGUUAACAUCGAUCGGAAUAUUUCUCAUCCACAAUUCGCAAGUGAACUGCGGAAAUAUGACAUAGCUCUGCUUCGAAUGGCUCAAGAAGUUGAGUUUUCAGACUACAUAAGGCCAAUCUGUCUGCUCGUCAAUCAAAAAGAGGAAAGAGUUUAUCCAAGUUAUAAGCUUACCGGCUGGGGUAGUACUGGAAAUAAUACAAUCAACAAAAUUCUACACACAACCAAUAUAUUUAAUGUCGAUCUACACAUUUGCAACCUAAAAUUUGGCGUGCAAACUGAUCAGUCCCAUAUAUGUGCUGGCAGUUUUAGGAGUAAUGCGUGUUCGGGGGACUCUGGAUCUCCGUUGAGCGUAGAGAUAGAUUACGAGGGAACUAUCAGAGAAUUCCAAUUAGGUAUUGUUAGCUACGGAUCCGCUCACUGUACGGGCUUAGGUGUUUUCACAAACGUUACGCAUUUCAUCGACUGGAUUAAGGAUACAAUUGACGCGAACUCCGAUUAAAAUAAUUGAUGAUAUCGUUAAAUAAAUAAAAUUUUAUCGAAG